CAACAGUACAGUACGUACUGCUUCCGAUUGAAAAAGAGAGCGUCGUUGGCCAUGCAGGAGCACGACAACGAUCGCGACGAAGGCAGCACCAACAGCAGCGACAACAACGCCAAGAGAGCGAAGCAUCCAAGUUUGCCAUUUCCGUCCACCCUUCGUGUGCUUUUGAGCAUGAAACUUGGCGAGCCGCUGGGUAAAGCGAGGUCGCCGCUGGGCCAGCGAGAGUUUGACUGCACUGUCUCGGAAGGUUUCGACGUGCUUCGGCAGAAGGUGGCGGUGUACUGCCGCCAAAUUGCCGACGACUACAACCAGGGCAAGGUCAAGGGUGUGAAGAAAGAAGUUGACGUCCGCCUAGACGACAACGUGGCUAUCUACUUCAAGCCCGGGUCAAACACGAGCCAAGUGGACUACGUCCUGCUCACGCACUCCAACCACUUGAUCGAAAUGCAAGAAACAUGGCGACACGGUGCCCAACGAAGCGCGGGCCAAGCAUCGUUCAAGCUGCACUUGUUUGUGUACGUGAGCAAAGAUCGCCCGUCGUCGUCCGAGUCCCAGAAGCGCAUGUCGUCAACUCGUGGGAUCGUCCGCAACCGAAGUCAGGUGAGCUCUACGAUAGAGCGUGCCGCCGAUGCAACGUCGGAGGUCGCAGUACCUGCGGCACCCGUGGCGAACGACGACGGAGAAUACCGCAACGUUCGAUUCAAGUUGAAUGGAGUUGUCGUGCAAGUGCCUGUAAAUGUGGCCGACAUGAAAGCUGUGCUAGGUAGGACCGAUUGACUUGUAGGCAACGUAAGUUGAAACAAGCUACCGUUUU